UAUCAGCAAGGCUAUUCACGAUUUUUUUCACCAAGAAGGAUUUUAUUAUGUCCCGACGCCAAUUAUCACUGGUAAUGAUGCCGAAGGAGCCGGAGAAGUAUUUAAAGUUGCUACUAACGAAGAGGAGCCUUUUUUCUCGCAAUCUGCUAACUUGACUGUCAGCGGACAAUUACAUGCCGAAGCCCUAGCCCAAAGACUAGGAAAAGUUUAUACUUUUGCCGAAAUGACUUGGGCUGAUUUAACGGAAAUCACCGAUUUGGCCGAAAAAUUGCUUAAAUACACGAUAAAUUAUGUUCUGGCUAAUAAUGAAGAAGAAUUAGCAUAUCUCGAAAAAUUUCAGCAAAAAGUCAAAAUCGUUAUGGAU